AUGUCCAAAAUUACAAAAGCCCCUUGUUACCAAUGCCGUACUUGCAAGUCGACCUUUAAUAACAGUCAAACAUAUAAAAGAUGUCUCGAACGAUGCAUGACAAAUAGGGCAGAAUUACUUGCCAAUGGCGAAGUUUCCCAAACUGUCUCUCUUCCUGAUCAAAGCCAGUUUACAUCAGCAAUGGUUCCUAACUUGGCUUUUGGAGAAAACAUCAACACAAGCAGUAGUGAGGAUAUGGAUAUCAUUGACAGUACUGAAGAUGAUGAGUCCAUGAUGCCGCAGUAUCCUAGAUUCUAG